AUGGCAGAAGCUGUUGGUGACACAGGUUUUGGCCUCAAGUGCAUUAAAGACAAGAAGGUUCCCAUCGGGGUCACUGUGGUCAUUGCUGCUUUGCUCCUCACCAUCAUUGCCCUAGCAGCAUCCCCCACCCUCCCCAGCUGCCUGGCCAAUGGAAUUGGGUACAGGCAAAAGUGCUUUUACUUCAUGGAGGACAAAGCUGACUGGAACAGGAGUCAGAGCUCCUGCCUGGCUCUUGGAGCCCAUCUGGCCACCAUCGACACCCGGGAGGAGCUGCGUUUCCUCCUGCGCUGCGCCAGCUCCACGCACCACUGGGUCGGGCUCCGACGGGAAGGUUCUGGACCUUGGCACUGGCUCAACGGCUCUCUCCUCACCAACCUGUUGGAUGUGCAGGGCAAAGGAGGCUGUGCCUACCUGGAUGGUGCUGGGCUCAGCAGCGAUUGGUGCUCCCAACUGAAACCUUCCCUCUGCAGCCACUCCCAGAGGCACCCCAGGAGAAUCCAGAGAGGCUCAGGAAGCCUGAACUCCACCUGGAAUGUCCCCCUCAGCAUGGGAGGUCAACCAGAAGCUGCCAUUAGCCCUCCAGGCCAUGGCAGGGAGUGUGCCAAGGGAUUUGAUGGCCUCAAGCACUUCAGGAGGGCUCCAUCCUCAUUCUCUCAGACCCGCGAUGGCUCCGCGGAAGGCAGCAGCAGGGACUGA